CUGCAUCAACGGCGGAGAGAGACAUCAUGUCUUCCCCUAAUAGUGCCUCUUUCGAGGGCUUGACGCCUGUCUUUAUUGCCUCAGAAAUCAAGAUGAAAUCUCCCUAACCCAGUCCCCGUGGUCAUAUCCUGCAAUCUCAGACCUCAUGUCGGUCACAGUCAAGCACCUCAAUGCCGACUCGACUUUCCUCCUCAUCUUCUCUCCAGAAGUAACUGCUCCUUCAACAGAUCUCCUCUCCACCAGUGGUGCAUUCUCCGUCCUGAUCGAUCCAUGGCUGACAGGCCCAUCCAUCGUCACUGCGCCCUGGUUCGCAAGGACCGAGCACAGGAUCCCCAGCGCCAUACACCAUCUCUCCGAGGUGGAGGAACCCGACGUGGUUAUCGUGUCACAAAAUAAGCCCGACCAUUGCCACAAAGAGACGCUCCUCCAAAUCUCGCCAGAGAGCAAGACGGUCAUUGCUGCUGAACCCAGUGCAGCAAAGACAAUCAAGAGUUGGAAUCAUUUCGACCCGCACAAAGUCCACGGCCUCCUCAAGUAUGAUCCAAAGGUCAAAUUUGGUCGGUCCCUGCGACUGCGCAUACCUCCCCUGAGUCCUGAGGGAUUUCCGGGAGAGGUCAAUAUCGCCUUCAUCCCAGCCAAACACUAUAUGACUGGCCUGCACAAUGCCUUUGGGAUCACAUACCAGCCAGCUACAAGGACAAAAGCCGUGGCGCCCAUAUCGACAAUCGAUCUACCCAAGACCACAAAAUACUUCCAUAUGCCAUUGAGCCCAAUGACUGUGCCACCGUCGAGUCCAGCUGUGCCAUUGUCACCUCUUAAUGCGAGGGCAAUGUCUUUCGACCAGCCACGCAGAGAUCACCUUUCCAUACAGAGUGCCGAGUCCUCGCAAAUCAAGACUCACCGACCCCGACUGUCGCGGGCUUCAAACACUGCCUCCUCAGACUUUCUCCCACCUUUUGAGCAGCCGGCGGUUCGAUUAGACCAGACAGCAGAAGCCAGCGACAUUGUACAACAAACGGUGACCAUACGUGAUCGGUCGCCGCGUGUGGAUAUCCCUUUCCACUUCGAGCUAGACAAGCCACCAUUCGCCUUGCUCAGUACCUUGCCCACUCCACCCGAUUCUCCAGCUACUACCCUCCCAAACUCGUCUGUUCCAGCUUCCCCCAUCCCAUCAGCUAUAUCUCCCACCAGCACUAUCUUUCACCACCGAAAGUCACUUGGCCCAUCCCAUCAAAAGUCCCUCUCCAGCACAUCGUCCAUGCCCGCAUUGUCUCCAGUCACACCCGCCCGGCCCAAAGCGAUUUCUGUGAUCUAUUCACCUCACGGGCUGCCACUAUCAGACUUGCAGCCUUACAUCCAGAAUCACCUUGUCCGUCUUACUGGAGCUCUUCCGCUGACUCUGCUGUUUCAUUCUUUCGACCAUGCUCAGAACCCAUGGUUUCUGGGUGGAAAUAUUAUGACCGGAAUGCAGGGCGGCGCCGAAAUAGCUCGCGGUUUGAUGGCUAGGUGCUGGAUCAGCGCACAUGACGAGCCGAAAGACGAUCGUGGUGUCAGUGUCAAGAGGCUACGCGUCAAGCGCAUCACGGCAGACGAGGUGAGGAAGCAUCUCUGGGAAGGAGAGCAGGGCGAAUGGCUGAAGAAGAGAGGCUGGACGUGUGAUGUCCGAAACCUUGAAAGCGGCAAGGAGAUGUUCAUCGGUCCCAUGCGAGAUCUGUGCUCCGGGAUGGAAGGCAAACGUGAGAGUCGGCUGAUGCGGUUUGGUGCUGAAGACGUAAGUGUCAAGGCUUAACUACGGUAAAGACAAAAAAUCCCGGGUCGCUUUUGAAACGAAACGGAGCGUGUGGAAUGUUGAUGUGGUGGAAGAGGGCAUUACAUGUUCUCGCGCGGAACGGAGUUGAUGCCACCAGUCCUACCUCAAGUUGCUCGAGCGGCGUAAGUUUGGAACCUACUAGAGUGGAUAACAGUGAAAGAUGCUCUACACGACUUUCACUCUGUGUGAUAACGGGGCUCUGAGUGUCGCUUUGCCCUGACUAUAUGUUCAAUGAUGCCAGCCAAAGAGACAGAUUCCUCAUCUCCCUGGGCUGGCAGGAGGCUGAAAUGUGAUCGGUCAAGGACUGGGCGGGCGAAGGUCUCCAGGACCGACGGGAUGUCAGCAGAUCAUAGGGACUAUGUCUCCCUGUAUAUGUACAAAAGACUUAUAG